CCGAAUCCCCCACCGUAAACACGCUGCAGGUGGCAAAAUGGUUCAAAAAUGAAAUUGUUGUUGCGCACAAUAAUCCUUUCAUCUCUCUUCUACCACGGAAACCCUAGAAAAACCCUUAUUUCCCCUCUCAAAUCAAUGGCUUGGACAUGCUCAAAAUGCACUUUCAUCAACCCUUCCUCACAGAAAUCAACCUGCCAGAUCUGCUUAUCAUCAACAUCUUCAUCAUCUUCUUCACCACCCUGUUCUUCUUCUUCUUCUUCAUUUCCAACCACACCCAAAUGGUCUUGCAAAGCCUGCACUUUCCUGAACCCAUAUCACAACACCAACUGCGAUGUCUGCGGCACCAGAGCCUCGGCCAUGUCGCUGUCGACCCUCGAAGACGUUGAAUUGGAUUCAUCGGUUGGGUCUGUUUUCUUGCCCUUGCAGUCUUGCAAGAGGAAGAAUCGAGAAGCCCCAAUUGAGAUUGCUGAUGAUUCUGUUGAACCAGGUGGUUUUCGUGGCGUUAAGGCGGCAAAUAAGGAGGUGAUUUCAUUGGUUGAAACUUUCAAAGGACCUGAUUCAAGAACAUUAAAGAUUUUGAGUUAUAAUGUUUGGUUUCGAGAAGACUUGGAGAUGCAUAAGAGGAUGAAAGCUUUGGGUGACCUUAUUCAACUGCAUUCCCCUGAUUUGAUAUGCUUCCAGGAGGUUACUCCCAAUAUCUAUGACAUUUUUCAACUAUCCAGCUGGUGGAAAGUGUACCACUGCUCAGUUUCAAAUGAGAUGGCUUUUACUAGACCAUACUUCUGCAUGCAGUUAAGCAAACUGCCAGUAAAAUCAUACAGCUGUAAACCAUUCAGUAAUUCCAUAAUGGGAAGAGAACUUUGUGUCGCUGAGGUUGAAGUUCAUGCAGACAUGCCAUUGGUUGUUGCCACUAGCCAUCUUGAAAGUCCUUGUCCAGCCCCUCCGAAAUGGGAUCAGAUGUUCAGCAAGGAACGUGUAGCUCAGGCACAGGAAGUGCUGAACCUUCUUAAGAAAAAUGAAAAUGUGAUUUUCUGUGGUGACAUGAACUGGGAUGACAAGUUGGAUGGUCAAUUUCCUUUGCUCGAUGGAUGGGUUGAUGCCUGGGUGCAGUUAAAGCCCGGAGAAAAUGGAUGGACAUAUGAUACCAAAUCGAACCAGAUGCUUUCUGGUAAUCGGACUCUGCAAAAGCGACUGGAUCGAUUUGUAUGCAAUUUGCGUGAUUUCAAGAUAAGAAGAAUAGACAUGAUUGGCAUGGAGCCCAUACCAGGUCUGUCAUAUUGCAAGGAGAAGAAAGUGAAAAAGGAAUUGCAAAAAUUGAUGCUCCCUGUGUUGCCUAGCGAUCAUUAUGGGUUGCUAUUAACAAUCUGUGCAGAGUAAUGUCAGUUAAGUGAUCAUAUCCAAGCAGACAAGCAAUGUUGAUUGCUUUUUUGUGCUCUUUAAUGCAAUCAUGCUUGAUAUGCAGUUUUGUAUAGAAAAAGGUGGAAUUAUGUAAAGGGCUUAUAACCUUUUGUGGAGCAUUGUUUUCCAUAUUUUGUAAGAAACUACUUCUAUGGGAAUGAUUUACUUAUCGGAUAUUACUUUAUCAAUGCAUCUCAGUGAGAACUGGAAUAUUGGAUUGUUUUUUGAGUUUUUGACCUGUCAUCCUUAGCAUCAAACUGAAUGUAUUAUCUAGUUUUUGCUCA